UUACCUUCUGCUCCAGAUUUGGCCUCUCCAGCCCCAACCUGGCCUGGCCCAGAGCUGCCGCUGCUCCUUCUGCCUGUCUGGGCAGGGUUGGGGCCACCAUCACCCCUGUCUGCCCCAGAGCUGGAACAGAGCAGAACAGAGCACCAGAAGAUUUCCCUAUGGAUUCUAAUAAUGGCAACUGUAGAGGCACCGGCAUUGAGCGCUGCAAAUGCAAACCUAUAAAAGCUACCCAGAAGACCUAUCUUCGGAACAAUUAUAAUUAUGUCAUUCGGGCUAAAGUGAAGGAGGUGAAGACUAAAUGUCAUGAUGUCACUGCAGUUGUAGAAGUAAAGGAGAUUCUAAAAUCAUCCCUGGUAAACAUUCCUAGAGACACAGUUAACCUUUACACAAACUCUGGUUGUCUGUGCCCACCACUCAACACUAAUGAAGAAUAUAUCAUAAUGGGCUAUGAAGAUGAGGAACGCUCCAGGUUACUCUUGGUAGAAGGCUCCAUAGCAGAAAAAUGGAAGGAUCGUCUUGGUAAAAAAGUAAAGCGCUGGGAUCAGAAACUCCGUCAUUCUGGAAAAAACAAAAAUGAGCCUGGUCAAAGUGAUUCUGCUCAAAAGUCUGGCAAGAAUAAUAAUCCGCGACAAACACGCAAUUAAAUGUGAAACGCUGGAUGUAAAAAAUCAAUGGACAAUAUAUUAAGACUUGCAUUGUUGGAGCAAAGGAGAAAUUGCACUAUUGCACGUUAUAUUCUAUUGUUUACUACAAAAUCAUGUUGUAGUUUGAUAUUAGUUUUAUUUUCUCUCCUGUUUUCUGCUUUUUUGGUGUGUGUACCAACCCUGAAAAUAUAUAUAUUUUAUUUUGCUAAUAACUCUGGAAGACUGCCUUAAGGAGAUAAAAAAAAAAAAAAAAGCAGGACUGAUGUUAUCAGAGCACCACUUACUGUUUUAUCAUCUGAACCUUGCUUAGAAAUUUAUGGCACAUGUAGGAAUUGGAUCUAACAUAGGCCAGAAUCUGAAAACAUGACUUUAACUCAACUUCCCUGCUUCUGUCCCUUCCCAUCACACACUUGAUCAUGGUUAUAGAAACCGUUUUUGUUUUUGUUUUGUCAAGUGUAUAAAAUUUAGUUUGAAAUAUAAUUGCCAUAUAUACAUACAAGUUAAGAAUCAUUCGGCAUUUCUGGAGAAACAAAUAGCAAAAAAAAGGAAAAAUGUAGGGUUAGCCAAAAACACAGUAAAGAAAUGCCGACAGGUUGAAAACCAUAAUUUAAAUAUAUAUGACUUUUUGAAGUUAACAUGAAUUUUUUGGUCACUGUUAGAAUUCACUUCAUGAAAAUACUAGUCAGCAUUAAGGAAAGGGAUCGUUUUAAGAUAACUGUUCUAAUCUGUGCAGAGCUGUUAAAUUUGCUUCCUCUCUAAUAAACCACUUCUGUGAGUCUAAGUCUCAGUUCCAGCAUUCACCAUGACAAAAACCUACUGUGUGCUUGUACACAUGGACUUGUUUUUUAAAUGCUUUUAUCCUUGUGGGAAAUGCUGUAUAGUUCUGUUAACUCAGAACAUAAUUUACAGUAUACUUACUCUCUUUUAAACUCAGUUCCUUUUUAUUUUCUGCUGAGUUGUAAGAGUAGACUGUCUUACCAGGCCUGCUUCUCAGUACAGGUCUGCACUUUAUCAUUUCGAUUUUGUGCUGUUAUUCUGUUUCUGUGCCUACAUAAACAUCAGUGUUCAAUGUUCAGUAAAGUACGUCUAAUAAAAGAAUUAUGGUUGUCAACAGAGACCUUAUCCUGACUUUUGCCCCAAAUGCACAUUUUUUAUAAACCAUGAUGUAUUAUUGUCUGCAGUAUGUGCCAGCAAAAAAGGCUUCAUUACCCUCCUCUAACAGAAUUCUUCAGAGCCAGUGCCAACAGUUUGAAUACCCUGCCUCGCUCUCUCUUUUUAAUUUUUUUUUUUAACUAGAAUGAUAUAAGUAGAAUACCAAGCUUCUGAGCUAUGGUACACAGAAAAUAAAACACAUAUAUUGCAAACUAUUACUGCGUUUUCAGUUGUAAAUACUGUAUAUCCUUUCCUUUGGUAUCUAUAUGUAUCAAGGUUGCUUUUCAUAUGUAGGAAACAACACUGCAGUUUUUAGGUGGUUGAAAACAAUCUAUUGAAAUACAACGUGAAUAAAGUGAUAAAAACAUG